AUGACAGUGACAUUUCACUUUUUGAUAUUUAUGAAUAACCUCAAAAACAAAAUAACGUUUUUUUAGAUUGAUGUUAUCGUAAUGAUAUCAGACGUUAAAUUAUUUUAUUUAUCAAAUAAAACAUGGCAAAGUAUAUCGCUCAAAUAAUUGUGCUUGGAGCACAAGUCGUCGGCAGAGCCUUCGCUCGAGCACUACAACAGGAGUUACGUGCAUCUCAGGAAGCUGCUAAAAGAGCUGGAGGUGGCCCUCAAGGCGCAAGACGGGCUGCAGCAAAUGCCUCAUCAGGACUAACACUAGAAGAAGCUAUGCAAAUCCUUAAUAUAGACAAGUUAGACCCUGAAAAAGUUAAGAAUAGCUACGAACACUUGUUCACCGCAAAUGACAAGGCGAAGGGUGGUUCUUUUUAUUUACAAUCAAAAAUUGUUAGAGCUAAGGAAAGAAUAGAUACAGAAUUAAAAUCUAAUCCACCUAAAGCAGACCAAAGCCGACCGAAGGACACAUCAUGAAAUAAAAUGUUCAAGUUACAUGUUUCAUUGUAUAUUGUAGAUAUUGUACCAGUAAAACGAGUUUAGUUUUCUAAAAUAUUUUAUUACGUAGAAAAUGGACACAAUAGUGACUAGAAUACAUCAGUCUUGAUAUACUAUAAACAUGAUUAUGUUGUCGUCACUACAUUAAAAAAACUAGGUACAUUAUAGGUGUAUAAAAUCCUGAUCAAAGUCAUUAUGCAUAAGCAUGAUAGUAAUAUAUCAAAUAAAUUUCGCUAAGCAAUAAAAAUU